GCCAGCACACCAGCCCGCGCCUUUCCUACUCUGCGCGGCUAAGCGGCCCUUACUUCCCAACUACAAGCUCAGAACCUCGGUCCUAAGAAAAAGAAAGAAACUGAAGACUGAAGGAACCAUGACCAUCUUUUUGUUCCUAGUGAGCGGAGCUGUGUUUGGCUUCAUAUUUGUCUUCUGGAAAAACCGAGUUCAAGAAAAGAGAACUAUUGGUGAUACGUCGUCAAAUUCAACUGCUUUUACAGUAGUAAAAGCGACUUCUUCCUUCUCACAUCGCAUGAGUGCUAACAGUCCUUCAGUCUGCAACCUUUCUCAAGAUAUCAUAAAUAAUUUCCCACACUCGAUGGGCAUACACAAGCGAAUACUGGUAAACCUCAAGGUCAUGCAACACCAGCUGGUUGAAUUGGAACAACAUCUGAUACUCAAGGGCUUAAAUGGUGCAUUGGUCAAACAGAAAUACACUAAAAAGGUUACACGAUACAGUGAAAGUGCAGGCAGUCAAUAA